AUGGGAAUUUCAGCACUUGGAAAACUACUACCCCUAAAAGACGACGGAGAUGUGGCCACGUCAAAAGAUGUUGCAAUUGAUUCAGAAUCUCUUUUGGAGCACUAUCGAUUGGACCUAGAGACCGACGAGCAAUUGGAUAUAGCCGAAGCAAUGUCACACUUUCGUUCAUAUAAUAAAGAAUUAUCCCAACACAGGAAGAAACUAGAGCCAGUCGGAGCAAUCCUUGAAGGAUUUUCCAAGGACUUGAAAGACUUGUCUUCCAGUUUAGUAUCACUCGAACAGAAGUCAACUGAGUUGUCCAGAGACUCACACACAAACAAAAUGAUUACUCAAUUACUCGAGCAAACGAUAAACGACAAAGUGCUUUCGCCAGAGCUCAUACGAGACAUAUUGUAUGAAGAUUUGUCCAAUAGGUACCUUGAAAAAGUGACUUACUUGCUCGACAGGAUGAAUGAGGAAGAGUCCUUGUUGAUAAAGGCGAAGGUGGUUGAACGAAUGAGAGAUUUCGUCAUCGCUCAAAUUCGGACUUUAAGAGCAAAGCCCAUAUCGUCACAGGAAGUACAGAACAGGCUCUUUGAGUGCACCGAUGUGUUCCAAUUCUUACAAUCGCAGCAGCCAAAGCUAGGACAGCAAUUGCAAUAUGCAUAUCAGAGUACAAUGAGGUGGUACUACAGAAGCAAGUUUGCAAAGUAUAUAUACUCUUUGGAAAAGCUCCCUAGAAGACACCUUGAGGUUUCGAUAUUUGACUCACCCAAUUACUUGUCCACCUUUGAGUCAAGGUUUCAAAUACUUACAAAUACAGACGCUUGUAUUCCAUCACAGUUGGCAGAAACAAUAACCGUCCCAUACACAAUCGAGUUUGUCUUUCUUCAACUUCUUCGAGCGAUCUCCGAUAACUUGACAGUGGAGUAUCUAUUUGUUGUGGGGUUCUUUUAUCAAGGCAACGAAACAAACCAUGCGUGGGCAACCGAAAUAUUUCAAGACGUAUUCAAAAUGAGCAAAGACUUUCUUGCAUUCAUCACAGACGGAACUUCUGACGUGUACGCUAUAUUGCUCAUUAUCAAAUUGAUACACAAUUUUCAACAACGAUUGCAUGAAAAUCACAUCCCUGCGUUAGAUGAUCACCUAAAUUCAUUAUUGCUCACACUUUGGCCAAUAUUUAGCAAACUUGUUGAUCUCAAUUGCGAUGCGCUAAAAAAGCACAUACCAAGAACUCCAAAAUCUUUAGUUCCAUUGAACGUUACCCAGCAGUUUGCAUUGUUUUAUCUGGGAUUGCUCCGCUUGUCGUCAGCGGGCGAGCCAUCUAAACUACUCACUUGUCUACACCAUUAUUUCAAACGAGGCAGAAGACUCAAAGUCAGAAAUCAAUCAUUUUGA